AUGGAGCUUGAGGUGGUCCGAGAGUUGGACCAUGAGCACGAGCAGCAGGAGCAGGGGCAGGGUGGAAGGGAGCGGGUUUCAUUAGCGUUGAACAGCCAACAAAAAAACCUCAUUGCGCAGUUUCUUCUACAGCGAAGUAAGGCUGGAGUGCUGCCAAGAGGUUCUUUUACAGAGGCAGCCAAACGAUUCAACAUCCAUAAAAGGACAGCACUAAGAAUUUGGCAGAUCAGCAAGCAGCAAAUAGACCGAGGGGAACCUGUCAUGAUGCAAGGCAAAGCAACAGGUUAUCAACACAAAGAUAAACUCAUGCAAGAUGAAGAAAAGUUUAGAAACCUAUCCAUGCUUGAGAGAUCAACCAUAAGGAAGGUUGCUUCUAAGAUGGAAGUAAGCAAGACAACAAUUGGUAGAUUUAUUAAGAGUAAUCAGUUGAAACCUCAUACAAGUGUUGUCAAGCCUAUACUGACUGAAAGCAACAAAAUUGCAAGGAUGAAAUGGUGUCUUGCUCAUAUUCAACCAACAUUAGCUGAUGGUAAACUUCUUUACCAUUCAAUGCACAACAUUGUUCAUAUUGACGAGAAAUGGUUCUACAUGACAAAGACAUCAGACAGAUACUACCUUUUGCCCGAUGAAGAUGUGCCAUACAGGUCCUGUAAGUUCAAGAGAUUCAUCACUAAAGUGAUGUUCAUGGUUGCUGUCAGUAGGCCACUUAUUGGCAGUGAUGGGGAAACCAUAUUUGAUGGUAAAGUAGGCUUAUUCCCGUUCACAAAGGAAGUACUAGUCAAAAGAAGUUCAAAGAACAGGCCAAAAGGGACAAUUGAGACAAAGCCUAUUCAAUCCAUUAACAAGGAAAUCAUGACAACUUGUCUCCUAAACCAGUUUGAGUCACUUCCUAGUACUGAUGGGUUUGAAUUCCAUCUAAUUAGCCAACCGCCCAACUCCCCAGACACAAAUGUGUUAGACCUUGGGUAUUUUAGGGCAAUACAAUCACUUCAAGAUGACAAAAUAGCCACAAGUGUAGAUGACUUGCUGAGGAAUGUGUUUACCUCAUUUGAAGAACUCUCACCACAAACUCUCAAUAGAGUAUUCAUCAUAUUGCAAAGCUGUUUGACAGCAAUAUUAGAAGUGCAUGGGAAGAAUGACUACAAGAUCCCUCAUUUAAACAAAGACAGAUUGCACAGAACAGAGGGGUUGCCUUUACAACUUCAUGUUGAAGAGGGUUUGGUGAGAGAGAGUUUGGAGUACCUAAAGCUGCCUGAAAACAACACUGGAGACACAUAUGACAUAGGGCCUCUUAACCAUGCUUUAGGGUACUAG